AUGCUGCUGCCUCAGCCAAGCACGUUGCGAAGAUUGGUGUUUGUGCGAGAAUGUGCGAGUGUGAAGCAGUUUCCUGAAGAUACUGUGUGUGCAACAAGGUGGAUGAAACUGGAGGAUAAGGAAGACUUCACCAGCGAAAUACCUGCCUCACGUUGGGAUGUUGCUUUCUAUGUUUGCACGAAUGACGAAGUCCCAGGCAAAGUAUACAUCUCGCGAGGCGGUUUUGUCCCGGACGAUGUCCUUUAUGGUUUCGAGGCGCAGUAUUUCCGGAUGAAUCCCAACGAAGCCCGAGCCAUGGAUCCCCAGUGCCGCAUGAUGCUGGAGCUUGCUGCUGAGACGGCAGAACCGUGUGGCUACUCAAAAUCGAAAGAAUCAACCUCCUACCAGGAGAAACAUGAUGUUUCAUGCAUCAUGGGACAGACUUCCAGCGAGUAUUUGUCAGCCUCUACACUGCAUGCAAACCAAAGGCAGACAGGAAGAUUCACCAACACGGGAACAAAUACGUGCAUGUUGUCCAACCGGAUUUCUUACACGUUCAACUUCAAGGGGGCAUCUUUUACCGUUGACACGGCCUGUUCUUCAGCCUUGUAUGCCUUCAUCAUGUCUGUGCAACAAAUACAGCAUGGACGUGCGGGUGCACUUGCUGGGGGCGCCAAUGCACUCCUUCUGCCAACAACUUUCAUUGGUUUUUGCGCAGCCGGGAUGCUGAGCCCGGAUGGAAGAUGCAAAAGCUUUGACAACAAUGCAGACGGCUAUGCACGCAGUGAAGGAUCUGGCGUGAUGGAAAACGAUGGAAGAACCGAUGGUGUGGCAGUGCCUUCAGGCGACAGCCAGAAGGCUAUGUUUGCCAAAGCUAUGGAAGAUGCCGGUGUCACGGGCAACGACGUGGGAUAUGUGCCCCAGGGACAAAACUUGGAGACAAGGUUGAGAGCGAGGCGUGGGGCCGGAGCCAGUGGGAUUGCUGGUAUCAUGAACCUGGUCCUUAUGAUGCGACAUAGCAAAUUGGUGCAGCUUUGCCCAAGUGCAUUCAAGCAACGCCGGACCGACGUGGAUUGGGACGCGCUUGGCAUAUCUCCUUUGGCAGAGGAUGGGCAGUGGAGGGAGCACGUGGGCUUCGUAAGCUCCUUUGGAUUCGGAGGUGCCAGCGCUGUUUGUGGCUUUCAGCAAGCUGACACGUGUGACACUACACGCACUGAGCAACCCAAUCCUCAUUUGACGGUGGCAAAGCGUGGCCCCAUUGUUUUCGUCUUCAGUGGAAUGGGGACGCAAAAGCCUGGGAUGCUUCAGAACAUGCCACCAGAGGCAUUAACAGAGCUGAGCAAGAUCAAACUUCAGUUGCAGAUGUUGGGCUUUGACUUGGAUAAAAACGUAUUGCCAGAGGGUCCAGAGGGUGAAGACACCCAAAUCUCCCAAGUUCUGAUCUUUGCUCAUCAAGUUUGCCUUGCCAGAUGGUUCAUCGAGAAGGGCGUUAAACCAGAUAUUUGCAUCGGCCACAGCCUGGGUGAAGUUGCCGCAUUUCACAUUGCAGGACGGAUAUCCUUGGAGGAUGCAGUUCGCAUCAUUUUUUUCCGUGCCAAGCAUCUGCAGCAGACGGGGCCAGGACGCAUGAUGGCCGUGAAAUCCGAUGAGGCAAGUGUCAAGAAUGUCAUCCAGGAAGUGCAUGGCAGCAUAGACAUCGCUGCGUACAAUUCUCCCUCCGACUUUGCCGUGACUGGAACUGAGGAGGAGAUGAGAGACCUCAAAGACAAGAUGGACCAGAAGAAGAUGGACUCAGUGGAGCUAUAUAACGUCAAGAAAGCGUUUCAUUCCAAGCACGUGCAGGAUGUGCCUGGGCUGAGCUGGCCAAGCUUUAGGUCCUUCAAAGCAUGCUGGGAUCUCCAUCGAAGAGAACUGGUAUCCACGGUGACUGGCAAACACGUUGCAGAAGAUGAGCGCAUGACGGCAGCCUACUGGGGUGACAAUCUCCGAAAGCCGGUUCUUUUCUCCGAAGGCAUCGAGGCUAUCUUACAGCAACACCCAAACAGCAACUUCAUUGAAAUCGCAGCAAGUUCUCACUUGUGCCGCUGUAUCAAGAAGCUGGGAACAGGGCGAUGCCGCAAAGGCUCGGAGCUCUGUCGCCAACUGCCUGGAGGAGAAAAAUGGGCACGACCCUGGAAACGAGAGAUGUUACGAUUGCAGGGUUCGAUCAUGGAGCAGGUCCUCCGACCUCAAGGACAACAGCAUCCUUUGCUGGGAGGAGCGCUGAAACUGUCAGAGGAGUCUGGGAGGAAGUUCUUUGAGAAUCAGAACUUUUCCAUUGCCGGUGCGUGCUGGAUGGCCGACCAUAAGAUUCAGGGCCAAGUCAUUUGCCCUGGCAUGGCUUUUGUGGAGGUCUUCCUGGAGUGUGCCCGCCAAUGCAAGGCGCGUGAGCUAGCAGAACUCGAAGUUCGCGAUGUUGAAUUCAAGAACUUUUUGGACAUGACGCUGUCGGCGCAGACGGUCUUCCAUCUGGGCUCUUCCGAACACAUGACGUUCUCCAGCCUGCGGGGAGAAGAAUGGAAGCUGCACGCCAAAGCCAAGAUUGUCCAAUGCGCAGAGCUUCUUGAUCAACACAUGGAGCCUGUCAUCCCAGGUACAGAUUCUGGAUGGACAUGCAUGCCAUCAGAAGAACUAUAUCGAAAGCUGGCAGACUUUUUCCAUCUUGGCCCAGCAUUUCAAGGUAUCAAGCACCUGUGGCACCGCACUGAAGGCAAGAAAAUUGAGGUAGUCACUGAGAUUUCUCUGCAAGAAGGAGAAAGAUGCAGGAUUCAGCAGUACAACAUUCACCCAGCACUUUUGGACAGCAUUAUACAGAGCGGUUUGGGUUUCAUUCUUGUGAGCGGUGGAGAUUUCAGAGGUGUGCCGUAUCAUCUCGGUGCCUGUCGUCUUCUACGUUGUGGCAAGGACCUUCCGUGUGAACUUCUCGCCAGGUGUGAUGGCACAAGGGAAGAGAACAGAUUCCGCCUUGAUGUGGAGGCAUUUGACCAUUGCGGCCAACUGGUUUGCUCCAUCCAGGGUUUGUUCUUCAAAAACAUGGAUUUGACUCCCAGCCCAUUGGUAGGAUUGCGCUUGAAGUGGGAGGUGCUGCAGGAUCAGUUUUCCAGCGUUGAUUCAGGCCAUGGUAUGGAGAAGUGGCGCUUCUUUUGGAUGAGGGGUGAAGGGUCUGAGAUGUCUGACCUCGAAGAAUUCUUUAAGACCCGGACAGCAGCCAAACACAGCUUUUUCCCUGCUGCGGAGCAUGACUUGACUGGGGUCGACCACGUUGCCAUUGUUGCCAACUUCUUCGACGAUGAGCAGGACAUGGACAAGCUCUUGGAACUACUCCAUCCCAUUAUUGGUUUCUACAGACUUGCUGACCGACUGCGCUCCGAUUUGACGAUCACUUUGGUAACGCACGGAGGUGUUGCUGAACGCGAGGAGGGUUUUCUUCCAGAUGUGGAUCCCAUCCAAGCUAUGAUCUCACAAAUGGGGAUUGCCUUCGCCCAUGAAACCAGCCAGCUCCGGAUUCGCUUGUUGGAUUUGCCCCAUCGCAGAACACCCAUCACAUGGAACCAAUUUGCCGACGUAGAGAAGUGUCUGAUGCAGUGGCCGCAGUCUUCUGAGCAGGUGCUGCGAUGGAUGAAACAAACCGGAGAGAUCCAAGCACAAGCACAAAUUUUUGCACCGUCCCUGCUGGAGACCUUGUACGAUCCGCAAAUUCUCAGUGAGUCGGAAGAAAAGAAAUUGCCUAUCGAGAGCCUGUCUUGGGCAGUCGAACGCAGACCUGGAGCGAAUGCGGUGCUGACAUGGUCUGCAGAUGACUUACAGAUGUCCGAGUCAAUUCCUUUGAGCCCAGCUGUGGAUUCCCGACGCGUGCUGACGCGCUUGGAAGCUUGGCUCGCGCCUUACAUGCUACGAUACCUCGACUACGACGGCCGGAUUGUGCUUCUUCAAGGUCUUGUUGACCAGGUGGACAUUGACAGGCUGGAAGCUGUGAGCAAGAACAUGAGAUGCCAAGAGAUCCUGGUGAUCCAAGAGAACCUCCGUGAGUGUGUCCCUUCAGGCAGAUCCAGCUCCGUGAAGGUUGGUGAAGUGAGUGCACAAGCUGAAGGUUUGUUGGGCAAGGUGGCCGCCUUUGCCAAAAAAGGCGGUGUCACCCUGCUCAGUUUGAUGGCCCCUCCGCAGCGCGUUGCACAAGUUGCUAAAGUGGUGGCUGGCAGUCCAAUGUCGAAAGUAGUUUGGAAGACUGAUAUCCACAGUCUGAUGAAGCCUGAGGGUUCUGGCGGCAGCAUCUUGGCAAAGAGCAUCAAUCUGAUGCUUGAGGAGGAAGCAUGGCUUUGUACCUUUGAAGACGUGCAAGCAGAAACGAAGCUCCGGGUUCGCUCUGGGACAUAUGUCGUUGCAGGUGGGACCCGGGGCUUGGGCCUGCAGAUGGCCCAAUGGCUCCAGGCGCACGGCGCCUCCACAGUGGUGAUUUUGGGACGGACAAAGCCAUUGGAACUGCCAGAGAAAUUAGUUUUCAAGGAAUGCGAUGUCACUCAGAAAGACCGCGUGAAAGCAGCUUUGGGUGAGGUUCCACCGCCAAUUGCUGGCAUCAUUUCGAUGGCCACGGAGUAUCAUGACAAGCCACUGGCUUCUGUUGAGGACACAGAUUUGAAAAAGGCCAUCAGAGUGAAGGUGCUUUGCGCUCUUCAUUUGCAUCAGGCAAGCGAGGAGUUGAAUCUGGGUUGCGAGAUGCAAUUCUUGGCCGUGUCCAGCAUUGCGACACUCUUCGGCAACCACUCCCAGGCUGCAUAUGUCAUGGCGAAUCGAUACGUCGAGGGUUUGAUGCAACACCGACGGGCUAUGAGUCUGCAUGGUUCUUUCAUGAACGUUGGAGUGAUCUCAGAUGUGGGAUUUGCAGCCGAACAAAACCUUGUGCGGGAGUGGCAGGCCCGUGGCAUCAAGGCAGUUUCCUCUGCAGACGUUUGCCUAGCUAUGGGCCAGAUGCUCGCACGGAACUUACCUUCCCUGGGCUUGUCGCGUAAGGUAGACACCAUGGCCUACUUUCAGGCCUUUCCCCACUUGGUGCACAACAUGGAAAAAUGGGGGAACUUGAGCCGCCUGAAAUGGCUGAUGGUGGAGCAGGAGUUUCAAGCCGUGAAGGAACAACUGAAGGAACAGCCAUCAAUGUUGGGGCAAACGCUUCAUGGAAAGAGUGCGGAGGAGAAGGAAGUGCUUGUCGAGGGAAUGGUGGCUUCCAUGGUGGGAAAGGCGCUGAAUGUGGAUCCAAAGGAGCUCAAGGGCAACUUGGAAGACUACAGCCUUGAUUCGCAAUCAGCUGAUCAGAUCCGACGACAGCUCACCCAAAAGUUCAAGGUCAAUGUGGACCUUCUACUGAUCAUGAAGAAGGGCGUGAAGGAAAUCAGUGCUAGCAUCGUGGCGCAGUUGGAUGACUCUUCAGGGUCCAAAUGGUGGCGGCUUAUGAAAGUCAUGGCAGCGCCUCGACAGCUGCUGUUGUGCGUUCCACCUAACGGUUUAGGCACCUUGGAGUUUGAGUCUUGGCUGUCUCAUCUUGAGAUACCCCUGCUUUGUGCAGCACCACCUGGAUGGCAAGAUCGAUCAGAGGAAGCAUGCGUGGAUGAUGCAAAACUUCUCACGAACUAUCUCUUCGAGGACCUUUUGGAGCUCCUCCAGAAAAAGGGUUGGACUGACUUGCCGCUGAUUCUCUACGGCCAUUCCUUCGGUGCUCGGAUUGCCUUCUCCUUGGCCAAAGAGAUUGAAGCAAAUUCUGAGCUAAGGUUGGAGCAAUUUUGUCCUGCAGCUUGGUGUGCUCCAGGGACGUCUUACCAUAAAAGAUAUCCCGAGCAUAUGAAAGUGGAGCCAGAGAAGCUGACGGAGGAUGCAGAUUUUGUUAAAGGUCAGUUGAGAUGCUUUGAAUUUUUGCCAGAUCUCUCCGAGAAGUCUGCAGAGGUGAUCCUGCGAACUGGGCGCUGUGUGGCUGCAAGCCUCAAGAUGCUGAAGCAAGACUGGGCAGUACUACAUGGCCAGCUGAAAUGUCCAAUCAUUGCAUUUGCUGGGGGACGUGAUGCGUUUAUGACAGUGGAUGACAUGCGGAACUGGAGCCUAUGCUCAGAGAGCUUCAGCCUGAUUCUAGUUGAAGGCGAUCAUGCCUUUCUUACAUCAACAGGGAAGGAAAUUUGUGGCACCAUAAUCUCUGCGGUGAACCAUCCAGAUCAGGGGUUGCAAAUCCUGAAGGCAAAGUCAAACAGGACACAUCUGGAUGUGACCUGGGAAAGGCGAGCUGCUGUUGCCAAGGUCUGAGCCGCUUUGAAAACAAAGUGGUGGAACUGCGCAAAGCUGUUGGUUUUGAGGAUGAAGCCAACUCUUUUGCUGUCCUGAUGGCCUUCCGCAACCAGAUUGCCGCCAAUUGAUAGCCCGAGGUGACGCUUCAGGUGAAAUCUGUUCAGCCUAGUUGCAGCUCUUAGUCCGAAAUUCAGAGACGUGGCUGCCACUUUCUGGCCUGAAACAGGUCGGUUGGGGGGCUUGCCACGAUGACAGUGUGAUUCGCGACGGAU